AUGAUGAAUACAAAGAACAUGGAAAACAUGUCGCAGCGUGAGAAAUUCCAAUUACUCAAUUCAGAAGUGCGUUCAUUUUAUGAAUAUUGUAAAGAAGUGGGCAUGAGCGACGACGAAAUGGAUGUCAUAUGUCGCCCUCUCAUGACUGCCGUGAGGAGGGCGACUAUCAAAAGAUGGCGAAGAAUUUUUUUACUUUGCACGGUGUUUAUGGCAUUCGGUUACGUAGUGUAUCAGACCGACGUCUUUCAAUGGAACGUGGCGGCCGUGACCCGUUUAACUUUGAUCAAGCUGUUGCCUCUUUGGAAUUGGAUGCCCUUGUACUACAACAAAUGCGUCGUGGAGAGAAUCCCCAUGCAGAACUUUGACGGCGAGCCGGUGUCUUCUAACGACUGUAUUGCCUGCGAAGCUAUUCAGGACAUAGCUCGCAUCUCCAACACGGAUCACAACGAGGUCUUAAACCACCACCUUCUCCGUGGAGCCCCGGUCAUAGUGACCGAUGCGUACAACGAAUGGGCCACCGGCGAGUACAACUUCACAGGCCUGGUCAGCAACGACGACCGUCUCCGCGAGUCCGUGCCUUGUCGCAUCCUGACCAACAUCCGCAUCGGGAAACAGCCGAUGGACCUCCAGGAAAUCGUCUCCCGCAUCACCGAGAGCAAUAUACCCAGUUGGUUCAUUCACUUCCAAAACUGCGACAUUCGCGCCGUUAAAACUUUUAGAGUCCUCGCCCCGCGUCCUUACUUCCUAUCGCCUGAGAUUCCGCCUUCUCAUUUCAAUUGGUUGCUGCUUUCGAAGAAUUACGAUACGCAACGCUUCAAGUACUUGGAGUUCGAUAUCGGAUUGAUAAUCAUGUCACAGCUCAAGGGAAAGAAUUACAUUCAGCUGAAGCCUCGGACGCCGUGCGAAAGCGUCUGCAGUCCGAUCGGAAUCGAGCUGAAGCAGAGUGAAACGCUGGUUCUGAGUAACUCGCUGUGGGAGUUCGAGUAUAUGCCCGGGAAGGGAGACAACCUGGCAAUGAUCACGGAGACCGAUUGGGUCGAGGCGUGA